AAGCAGUCAUUUAGCUCGCGGUUUAUUUAGAAAUCGUGCCUCUGGGCGAGAUGAACGCUAGUGUCUUGUCUGAAGUACACACAACGAUCGUUCUUGAGACUUAUACAAGGAUUUAGGGGAUAGCAGUUUCUCUUAUAGAAUUUCUCAGAAAUAUUGUCUUCAAAUUUUGUAUGUGGUAAUAUCUCAUCGUGUUAAAUUAUGCUACAUGGAGGAAUUCUGUAGUGUUGUGACAAGCGUACUCGGAGUGCUACCCGUGGGGUGGCGUUUGUGAGGGUGUGACCCCCCGGUAUGGCACAAGUCAGCCCCGUGGGACAUAAUCAUAUUGGGGCUACAGCUGAGGAGGUAGGGGGACAACAAAAAGGCGUGGUGAACGGCACAGCGAGUCUUACGGACUUGGAUCACAAUUCACAGUACUACAAACCUCAAGUUACAACUAUGCCUUCGGCUUUCGGUAUCAUAGACUCUGAGGACCGCCGAGAUGUGGUCAGCAGCCAGGGUUUGGGCCAAUUGGUCACUUCAAGUGCAGGGUCAUUUCCUCCGGCCCCAAGACUUUCCCACACACCUACAUCCGAUUUCCAGCCUCCGUACUUCCCCCCUCCCUACAAUCUGCCAUCCCAGCAGAGUAUGGAAUUCCAUCACCCUCAUUUUAAUACGGACUCUUACUCCCAUCUGGGAAGUUUCCAUCAAGGAACGGUCACUCAACAGCAUUACCACCAGCUUCACACUCCCGACUCCCGGAACGUUCUCCGACCCCGGGAAGAUGGACUACACAACAUGCACCACGGGCUCCCGGCCCCCCAUGAUCCCCGAAGGACGGACUACAGUGGAAUGAGGCGUCCGGAUAUUUUAGUUCCCGGCGGACAUCAUCUUGGUUUUGAUCAGGACCCAACCAUUUUAAAUAUACACGCAGGAAAUGGUUUACAAGUUUUAGACGAAGGUAUUCACCAGGCUGGCUUGGAAGAUACGACCAGCUUCAUCUCAGGGGAACAUAACCACAGUGUGAUCCGUAAAGGUAUCCGACAAAAGAAUGAAAACAACAAAGACCUUGUGAUCUCCGGUGUUUCGUCGCCUAGUGACGUCUUCUGUUCUGUCCCGGGUCGUCUUUCUCUGCUUAGUUCCACAUCAAAGUACAAGGUCACAGUAGCUGAAGUCCAAAGACGGUUGUCUCCCCCUGAAUGUCUCAAUGCAUCGCUGUUGGGAGGUGUUCUACGCAGGGCCAAGUCCAAAAAUGGCGGACGGUCACUCCGUGACAAACUGGACAAGAUUGGUCUGAGUCUGCCGGCCGGACGCAGGAAGGCAGCCAACGUGACCCUGCUGACGUCGCUUGUCGAAGGUGAAUCCGUGAGGUUAGCUCGUGACUAUGGCUACCUGUGUGAGACUGAAUUUCCAUCGAGACAAUGCGCGGAAUACAACUGUCGUACAUACACAGAUCCUGCCGACCAGAUGACCAGAAAAAACAUGAUUUUAGCCACAAAACAAAUUCUCAAGGAGUUCAUGGAUCUACUGAAUCAGGACCGAUCUCCGCUAGGAAACACCCGACCACAGAUGAUCCUGGAACCGGGGAUACAGCGCCAUCUUACUCACUUCAGCCUCAUCACCCAUGGAUUUGGAUCGCCAGCUGUCGUUGCCUCACUCACUGCAGUUCAAAAUUAUCUGAACGAGAUGCUGAAAAUUUUAGACAAAAAUUACUCAACAUCUCAAAAUGCUCAGGUACCAAGUGGACAAUUAGACAAUGGAAAGACAAAACAGGAAAAGGAUGAAAACAGAAGAGAGUAGUUAUUAUAUUCCAUGAACAAAAAUUGGAGAAAAACAUACGUGAACUUCCGGUUCAAUGUCAAAGAAGUGCUUGAACAUAGCAUUAAUUCGUCAUGCUUAAAUAACGCAAACUGUGUUUUGAUCGAUAACCAAUUCGGUGCUUCUGAAUGGACCAUUAUUGAUAAAACCGUGACGUCAUUAAAUUAUUUCACAAUGGGAUACAAUAUUAUAUAUACAGGAAAUCCAUGUGUCUUUCCACAACGGACAAAGGAUGGAAUAUGACGUAAUAUAUAUGAACAAUUAUCAUGAAAGACUAAUCAUGACUAUGUGAAAUGCCACACAAACGACAGUGCAAUGAUUACGAUAGUGUAUGUGGUAGAACCCAUCUUGCGUUGGGGCCUUGGACGUUUCCGUUGCACGUGACCUGGGGGCACAGAAGAUUGUAAGUGCCUAUUGCGUUGCGUUUGUCCUGCCCUUUUGUGUUUUAAAGAAAUGUCUCUUUAUCCAAGUCAGUUAUUCAUGUCAAAUAAUUUUCCUUCGUCAACAUUUCAACCUACACGAUUCUAAAAAAAAUAAACUGAUGAUUUGAUUUGGUAUAGUGGUUUAUUCUGGACUAUUAUCGCUAUUCCUAUUCGAUAAAAGUAUGCAUGCGCAUGAAUACAAAGUUCUCUGGCUGAACACUUUUAUUGAGAAUGGGUGUCAUUUUUUUAUAGUUAACGAUGACAACGUAGGUCGCUCAAAGUUGAUUUUGUUUGGAACUUUACUUCAGCAUUCCGGAUUUCCCUCACCGUAAACGGGUCGACAUAUUACAUUCAUUGUAUCACCAUUUUGUUGUAUAUUGAAAUAUUUUGAAAAUUAUUAUUAUUAUGUGAUUAUAAUUUAAAUCUCUAGUCCAAGUUCAUGUUUGUGUCGCAUUUAUUUUAAUUUUCAGCAAGCUGCAAGGCGAGAGUGUACAUUUUAAUUUAAGUAUAUAUGUGAGAAUUUUUCGAGUCUCUUGUUUUAUUUUGAGAUGUGUAUGUCUUGAAGGAGUUUCUAGGGACAUUCCUGUAACAUGUACAAAUUUUGUCUGUGACGAUAUCUUUUAUCCUCUUACCAAAAGUUUUAUGUAAGAGAGAUGGACAAAGAAUCAAAUAUAUUCAUGUCCAUUUCGUCACUCAAUGAAAUGGAUGAUAUGCGAAUCCUAAUAAAGUUUAGAAAUUUCA